CCACAUAUACAUUGGAGUAUCUGAAAGGCUUCCCUACUUCUCCUGCGCCCAGAACUUCAAUACUGUAUGUGCUGCCCCGCUGAAGACUAUAUAUACAGAUACAAGUUCAGCGAGUACGGUUUAUCAGGCUAGCUGAAGACUCAGACAGAAAGUUGAGCUGCGCAACCACAUAAGUGCUUGAAGCUCCUCAUGACAAUAAGAACACCUCAUCCCGUGGGUGAUGGCGCAAUAGUAAUAGCGAUUCGGAUAACAGAUAACCGUUACAUGUGCUUCGAACAGAUUGGCCAUUGAUAUCCUGGCAAUGACUACGACCAAGCGUCCAAACUUCCUCCUCAUCGUAGCAGAUGAUCUUGGCUUCAGCGAUGUAGGGGCUUUCGGAUCGGAGAUUCAUACUCCAAAUCUUGACAAGUUGGCGGAGGCAGGUGUCCGGAUGACUGACUUUCACACUGCUGCGGCGUGCUCGCCGACACGUUCCAUGUUGUUGUCAGGGACUGACAACCAUAUCGCAGGCGUAGGAGUGAUGGCAGAACAGAAAAGGAACGAUUUGGACCGAUGGAACGCGCCUGGACAUGAAGGAUACUUAAAUCUACGGGUCGCCGCGCUUCCUGAGCUUUUGCAGGACGCUGGAUAUCACACUUUGAUGAGCGGAAAGUGGCAUCUUGGUUUGAAACCAGAUUUCGUGCCCAGCAAGCGAGGCUUUGACCGUUCCUUCGCGUUGCUCCCUGGAGCAUCCAAUCACUACGGAUGGGAGCCGCAAUUUAAGGAUGACAAGAUGAGAUUCUUCGAGCAAUUCUCGCCAUUAUACGUACGCGACGGAGAAAAGGCCAAUACGGAUAACGACCCCGAAGGGUUCUUUUCAUCCGAUUUCUACACAUCAAAUUUAAUUCAAUACAUCGCGGAGAAGCCGAAAGAUAAACCGUUUUUUGCCUUCUUGCCUUUCUCUGCGCCACACUGGCCGCUUCAAGUGGACAAGAAAUACCGAGACAAGUACAAGGGCGUAUAUGACGAAGGUCCAGAAGUUCUCCGACAGAAAAGACUGUCAAAGCUGAAGGAAAUGGGUCUCGUCCCUAAAGACGUUGUGGCUCAUGACGUGGUAGCACCCGAGGAGAGCGAGUGGUCGCGAUUGACUGAUGAAGAACGCGCUCUUUCGGCUAGAGCCAUGGAAACCUAUGCCGGGAUGGUAGAGAACAUGGAUUGGAAUAUUGGCCGCAUCUUGGCAUACUUGGAUGAGAUCGGAGAAACCGACAACACCUUUGUGUUAUUUCAGUCCGACAACGGAAGCGAAGGCGCCUCACACGAAGCGAGGCCUGUGAUGGGCAGAGAUCUUAUGGCCGUUAUAAACAAAUUUUAUGACAACUCACUUGAUAACAUUGGCGAGUAUAAUUCGUUUGUGUGGUACGGGCCGAGGUGGGCCCAGGCAUCGACUGCUCCAAGCAGAUUAUACAAGAUGUACAGCACAGAAGGCGGCAUUAGGGUACCAUUGAUUCUCAGCUAUCCGCCUUGGACCAAGUCGGAAUUUGUAGGAGGGAAGAUCGUGGAUGCCUUUGCGACUGUUAUGGAUGUCACUCCCACAAUCCUCGAGCUUGCCAACGUUCAUCAUCCAGGUACAGGGAAACUCUUUAGGGGAAGAAAGGUAGAGAAACUGCGGGGGAAAUCGUGGGUUGAAUACUUCAGCCAUAUCAGAGAUGACCCAAAAGCUAUUCACGGCUCCGAUGAUCCUGCGGUAGGCUGGGAAUUGUUCGGGCGCGCAGCACUUCGCCACGGUAAGUGGAAGAUUCUUUUCAUGCCGGAAUGGUCAUACGGGACCGGGAGAUGGGAGCUAUACGACUUGAGCACAGAUGCUGGAGAGACCAAGGACCUGUCGCAAGAACAGCCCGAAAAGUUACAAGAGCUCCUGGUCCUUUGGGACGAUUAUGUUAGAGAAACUGGAGUUGUAUGGGGCAGUGCACUAGGUCCGCUACUAGUCGAGACGAAUACAGAUCACAAGGAUGUUAUUGGAGGUGAUCCUAUAGAUGAUCUUCGAGCCUGGAUGCCUGGACGAGAACAAAGCGCUCUUGUACCCAGCACCUAACUGCUUCUGUACCUCGAAACGCGCCAGAGUACUGGAAACAGAGAUGCAUUUUUGUAUGGCUUCGAUGUAAUGGCUCCUUCUAAGUACCAAGUUGAAUUCGCAAGUUUCUGACUAGAGGU